GCACUGAUUACUGGGAGUUGUAGUCUCUACCAGUCUGUACCAGCAGGCAUGGCGGCCUUCAUUGCAUGGGGCUGUGGAGCAGCAGCCGGCCUGGCUUGGAGUACUGGAGCCGCCAGGACGCUAUUCCUUGCUCCGGCCUCUGUCGCCUGCCGGGCCCACGCGGGGCCGGGCCGGCAGCAGAGCACUGGACCUUCCGAACCUGGCGCGUUCAGGCCGCCCCCUAAACCGGUUAUCGUGGACAAGCGCCGGCCCCCGCGCCAGGAAACCAGGUUCUUGAGUCCUGAAUUCAUUCCUCCAAGGGGAAGAACAAAUCCUCUGAAAUUUCAAAUAGAGAGAAAAGAUAUGUUAGAAAGGAGAAAAAUACUCCACAUUCCAGAGUUCUAUGUUGGAAGUAUUCUUCGUGUUACUGUGGCUGACCCGUAUGCCAGUGGAAAAACCAGCCAAUUUCUGGGGAUUUGCAUCCAGAGAUCAGGAACAGGACUUGGAGCUACUUUUAUCCUAAGAAAUACUAUCGAAGGACAAGGUGUUGAGAUUUGCUUUGAACUUUAUAAUCCUAGAAUCCAAGAGAUCCAAGUGGUCAAAUUAGAGAAACGGCUGGAUGACAGCCUGCUAUACUUACGAGAUGCCCUUCCUGAAUACAGCACUUUUGAUGUGAAUAUGAAGCCAAUAGUACAAGAACCUACCCAGGAAGUUCCUGUUAAUCAGCUGAAAGUAAAAAUGAAGCCUAAGCCCUGGUCCAAACGCUGGGAACGUCCAAAAUUUAAUAUUAAAGGAAUCAGAUUUGAUCUUCAUUUAACUGAAGAGCAAAUGAAAGAAGCUCAGAAAUGGAGUCAACCGUGGCUUGAGUUUGAUAUGAUGAGAGAAUAUGAUACUUCAAAACUGGAAGCUGCAAUCUGGGAUGAGAUUGAAGCAUCAAAAAAGUCCUGAUCUGAGAAUGAAGUUAGCUACUUGCAGAAGAUAUACGGACUCACAGAAGAUUUUUUUAGAGUCCAGUUUAAUUUCAUGUAUAAGGACAUAGUCAUUAAAUCAACUAAGCAUUCAUUAUUUUAUGAAUACUAUUUAAAAAAAUAAAAUUAGUACAUCAGUUUAUUACUUUAAAAAGAUAAAUGCAUGCCAAGUGGUCCGGUGUCCAUUCUCUUACUGGAGGCAAAGCUACAAUAUAGUCAAACUAUUACCAGAAUGCUCUUCAUUAAGCCUGGAAUCUGAACAAAGAAGUGCGUAGGAUGAUUUUUACAUCUGUGACAUACAUUAUGAAUACAGAAAAAUAUAAGGUUUAAAGAAUAAUAGUAAAGUGAGCGGUCAUGUAUCCACCAUCAAAUUAAGAAGUAAAACUUUUAGUAAUACCUAGGAAGGUUAAGAAGGAGACAGGAUCUAAGGAGAUGCCUGUGUGUCCCGAAUUGGAUCCCUCCCCUCUCCCAGUUGUAGGCACUGUCCUCACUUUGUGUUAGUCAUCCCCUUGCAUUUCUGUUAGUUUAUUAUGUACUUAUGUAUUCUUAAACAAUAUAUUUAGUUUUGAAAAAUCUGUUGGCAGGUAUAAUAAUUGUCAUUACAUGAAGGCUUCAGGGAGAACAUAAAGCCUUUGGGUCAUCGUCUGUCUUCAAUUUCCAUGGAAUUUACAAAAAUCAUUUUUGAGAAAGUUCCUGGCUAAGGUCAUGAGUGAGUUCUACUAAAUACAAGGCUCGCCACAGGGCAUUUGGCAGGACUAGAGCGUAGACUGAGUAACUGACAUCUGGCCCAAAUGUUGGAGGGAGUAGACAAGUGUGUAUUUUCUAGUUCUCAGCUCAUGAUGAAUCAAGCUCCAGCUUGUAGGAGUGGAUCAAAACUACUUCUGUAGGGUGAUACAAGUGUCUUGUUGCAAAUGGAAUGGAAAGCUAGCAUGAAAUCAAUCCUACAUGGAUAGUUAGGGCCAGGCUCUCCUGGGCAGGUUGUUCCACAGGUAAAAGUAUGGUGGUAGGAGGGAUGGGUCUGGAUGAGGGAGACCCUCAACCUGUCUUGAAUCGCUGCUCAGAUCUACGCGCUCGUGCCCAGUCAUUUUGGGUUUUGCAUUCAGUGGUCUCCUGUGCUGAUCUGUUGUCUGGCUUCUUUGUUUUUCAUUUUAUUGGCUACUAACUCAUUUUGGUGGAGCACAACCUUUGGUAGCUUCUGGAGGAAGUAUAUGUGGAGGUACAUUUUUGGAAACCGUGCAUAUCUAUCAUUUGAUACUGGAUAAAAUCUAGAUGGGAUGUAAUUUUCCUUCAGAAUUUUGAAGGUAUUGCUCCAAUGUCUCGUUCCCAGUUGUGCUGAGAAAUCUCACACCAUUUUGAUUUCUGCUCCUUGUAUGUGACUUGAAAGCUUGUAGAAUGUCUUUGUCCUUGGGGUAAUGAAAUUUCAGUAAUAUGUCUCAGUGUGGGUCUGUUUUAAUUCAUUAUAUUGGACAUUUGAUGAACACUUUCAAUAUGAUAACUCAAAUCUUUCAGUUCUGGGAAACUUCUAGUGUUCUGUCUUUCUGGAACUGUUGUUUUCAUGUUGGAUUGCCAGGACUAGAUGUCUGUUUUUCUAAUCCCACCCCUGCCCCAUCUCUGUUUUUUUAGCUCUUUAAUUCAGUCUUGCAACUCUGCUAUCAUAUUUUUAAAUCUCAAGAUCUCUUUGAUUUCUGAAAGCUCCUUUUCUUACAUAGUAUUCUGUUCUUAUUUUAUAUUCUUGUCUAUGGAUUUGUUCUGUUACCACUGAGGAUAUGCAUGAUAGUGUUGGUGUUUUUUCUUGUGAAAUUGCUUUUCUAUUCACUAGCAUCUAUUUCCUCCAAUUAUUUUUCUUUCUGUGGGUAUUUAUUUCUUUUUCUAUGUUUUAGGCUAUGCUAAGACAUUUGGCAAUACUUGAUUGUCUUCUUAUGGUUGACUAGUAGACUAAAUUGAUUCGAAGUUGGACUUGUGGGAAAGGGUUCUCUUUAGGAUAAUCUGGGUGGACUUUUUUGGGAAGUCCUCUCCAUGUGAAUGUUUUGGUUUGGUCAGACUCUCCAGAAUAGAGUUUUCCAAUCUUCCUCGAGGUUAAGACUCUCUGCCAAUGUUUUGGGAGCCAUACUGGGGAAGAAGUUUGGGAUUUCUGACACUGUACAUGUAUAUGGACAUCCUGUCCACCUCCACUCCCCUUUUGGCUUAGUACCCAGUGCCUGCAGUAAACCUCUGGACUUCAGCUUGUGUGUGGGUGGGCCAGACAGGCCUCCAAAUCAUCAGAUUAUUUUAGCUAUUGUCCUUCACCCCAGUUGCCGAGGUACUGGAUCUGCCAAUGGGACAAUUCUGAGGAGUGAACUGGGUUGAUUUUCACCUUUCUCCACUGCCGGCUUGAUUUGCCUUUCUUUAGUCUGCUAAUCCAUCCAUAUGCUUUUUCACCUUUCAGAAUUUUGUUCUGGUUGUUUCUUGUUCUGUUCUCUCCUGUGGUUUUAUAUGUCAUCCAUAUGCUUUCCAACUUUCUGACUGCUUGUACAUUGUCCUAUUUUUUCUCCUUCCUAUGGAUUUGUCUUUGUCCCUGUGAUAUAUUUUAAUGGUCAUUUGAAUAGUUCAUCUGACAGAUUAAUUUAUAGCCACUUUUCCACUAACAGUGUUCUCCAAAAGAAAUUUUUCAGACACUAACUCUUGAGGUUCUCAAUAUUCAGGGCUUCCCUGAUCCUUUUCACUACGAAAUGUUACACAUCCAUCUAACUACUUUCAAAAAACAAUGGACAUGCCAUCAUUCACUUAUUUAGAUUACUUGCUGAGAUAGCCUUUCAAAAUAAAAUUUUAACACGAGCCUAUAUUCUAUAUUUUUCUUUUCUUUUAAUUUGUUGGAAGAUAACCAAUGCCUGUUCUCGUUUUACAUUGAUAAACGCACUUCAGUCUUCUUGGUAAAAGGGCAGAUGGAUGAUACCUAUCAAGAUCUAAAGCUGUGUAAAUGUACGAUCAGCUCAUAAGUACAUGUACUCAUACCAGUAAUGUUUCACUCUAAGAUUAUCUUUAAAAUUCUUGUGAAUUUUCCCCCAGAAACAAAGCAAAUCUUAAUACAUUAAAUAUGGGUAGUUUAAAAAAUUUUUAUUGUGGUAAGACAUACAUAACACAAGAUUUGUCAUUUUAGCCAUUUUAAAAUGUACAAUUUCAGUGGAAUUAAUUACAUUCACAAUGUACAGCCAUCACCACUAUCUCCAAAACGUUUUCAUCACCCCAAAUAGAAACUCGAAACAUUAAGUAAUAACUCCUUAUUCCUCUCUCCCCUCAGCUCCGGGUAAGCUUUAAUCUCUAUGAAUUUACUUAUUCUAGACACUUAUAAGUGGAAUCAUAAUAAUUGUACUUUCGUGUCUGGCUUAUUUAAUAUAUUUUCAAGAUUCAUCCAUGUUGUAGCAUGUAUCAAUUUCAUUUUAUGGUUAAAUAUUAUAUACCAUAUUUUGUUUAUCUGUCUAUUGAUGAAUACAGGUUAUUUCUACCUUUUGAUUAUUUGAAUAAUGCUGCAGUGAACAUUGACAUACAAGUAUCUAUUUGGAUUGCUGUUUUUGUAUUCAUUUUAAAUAUACUCCAGGCAUAUACCUUGGAGUGGAAUUGUCGGGUCAUUUCAUAUUUUUAAAUUUCCCUUAUCAUUUCUUUGACCCAUGGUUGUUCAAGACUUGUUGAAUUGCCACGUAUUUAUGAAUUUUCCACUUUUCUUACUGAUCUGUACCUUCAUUCCAUUGUUGUCAGAGAAGAUACUUAGUAUGAUUUUAAUCUUUUAAAAUUUAUUGAAAAUUGUUUUGUGGCCUAACAAAGGGUUUAUCCUGGAGAAUGUUCCAUGUGCAUUUGAGAAAAAUGUGUAUUGUGUUGUUACUGGGUGGAGUAUUUUAUAUAUGUCUGUUAGGUCUAGUUGGUUUAUAGUGUUGUUCAAGUCUAUUUACUUACUGAUCUUCUGUCUAAAUGUUUUUUUCCAAUGGAAUAUUGAAGUUUCUAACAACUAUUGUAGAACUAUCUAGUUCUCCCUUUAAUUCUGCCAGUUUUGCUUUAUGUAUUGUUGGGCCCUAUUGUUUGGUGCAUACAUUACUAUAAUUAUUUUAUGUUCUUGAUAAAUUGACUCUUUCAUCAAUAUAUAAUACGCUUUUUUGUUUCUUCUUCUUUGUAACAAUUUUUGGCUUACAGUCUAUUUUGUCUGAUGCUAGCAUAGCUAGGCUGCUCUCUUUUGGUUACUAUUUACAUGGAAUGUCUUUUUUCAUCCUUGCAGUUUCAAUACAUUUGUGUCUUUGGAGCUAAAGUGAGUCUUGUAGACAGCAUAUAGCUGGAUCUGGACUCUGUGUGUGUGUGUGUGUGUGUGUGUGUGUGUGUGUGUGUGUGUAUCCAGUUAGCAACUCUUGGCUGUUUGGAGAGUUUAAUCCAUUUAUAUUUAAAGUAAUUAGUGUAAUGAAGGACUU